AUGGCAUUCGCCAAAUCACUCAAAUCAGACCCCCUUGGCACCGUGGAUACUCGACUGACGAUGACGGACUCACCUACGGAUGCCUUCUUUUCACCUCUCUUUGAGCCAUUCACUGGGUUUGCGCCAUUCACCCGGUUUGAUGGAACCGACAAACGACAGCCAGGCAGCCAAACAGAAGCAGAAGCGAGCCCAAAGCAAGCUCACCGAAUCCUCGAACUUCGCGAGUCAUUCCGUGGUUUCGAUUCCAGCCGAAACUGUCCUCGACUUGAGCUGGAUGUCGCCGUGGAUAAGUAUCACACUCUUGACGGCCUUGCUGAACCCUUGAAUCCCCAAAACACGCCCGCAUCAAAUAGCGAACGAGGAAGCACAGAGGAAUCUACUGAGUCAUUUCGUCGCUAUCAAAUGGAGAACCUACGAGGAGUGCUACCCCCGAGGCGGAGGAACGAUGAAAGCGAAUCCCAGAAACCCUCAAAGUUGCGACGCCUUUCCGUUGGCCGCCGACAGUGGAUCAAACCUCCCAUCACUGCCCUGGCGAAUCAUCAGCCAGGCACAAAUGCCGGUAACUUCAAGAACUCUAGCAAUAAUCCAGGUUCACUGAUGCGAUGCGUUCGAUUUUCUCCUCCUGCGGCCUCUCUGUCUCCGCCUUCUCGUGCGGCACGUCGUCCCCUACCUUCGAUCGAAAGAAGCCAGGAUUACGUUGCUUCCCAUCGACAGAAGAAACAAUACCGGAAAUGGAAGGUCGCUGGUCGCGCGUACUCUCGAAAGAGCUCACCAUACAACAGCCCUACGAAAAGAACGCAGUCUCUGUCAGCUGGCAUCCCAAAGAACCAUGAUAUGCGAAACUCGUCCCUUUUCAGCUUGUCUGAUCGAGAAACACGUCAAACGGCGUUCCCCACUCGUGUUGUCUCGGGUGCUGAUGCCUGGGAAGUGAGAGCCAGCAACGUGGUCCACACUCCAGUUGCAAAUGACUCGAAAAUUGCGGGUAAAACCGAGAAGAACAUCCCUGCUUUUUUUGCUGUUUCCUUUUCGCUUUACAGCAUCCGACCUGCGCCCAACUUGUCCACUGAGAAAGCCCCAAAGUAUGCUUUUAAAUUUCGAAUAACUCGAACUGAUCUCCCUCAACAACCUUCUCCGCAUUUCCCUACCAAAUUCGACAACAUAACUUGCCACCCGAUCAUUGAUGACUUGCUAUUCCAUACCUGCUUCAUCGUCCCUGCGCUCGUUGUGCUGGUCCCUCUCAAUGUCUUCUUCGUUGCAACAUACCCAUUGACCAACACCCGAGUCGGCGCUGUAAUGCUCUACCUGGUCAGAGCUUUACUAUAUCUACUGAUGGACAUUAUCAUUCUUGUGUUGUCCAAAUUCGGAGUGUCUUGCGGAUGCCAGUGGUAUCCAGACACCGGCCAUUCGGGCUGA